CCAUUGCCAAGAUCGGGCACGAUACAAGAUCGCCGUGUCCAGCAGUAAUGUCUGAAACAGCCACACAAUGCAGGUCGGUCACUUGCUAGGAUUAGUCCUUAAUUUGCCUUCUUCGACGCUUUCUUUGUUUCCAGCAAGAUUGUUGAUUCUUUAUCACUGGAACCUUCUUAGUCUUGGUGUUGUGUCUAUUCUCCAAUGCGUGUUAAUGGAUCCCUGAGUCUUUUCUUUUUUCUGCAUUUUUGUGGAUUGCAGGGGAAAUGUGGGCGGCAGCGAGGCUGGUGGGUGGUGGCAUGAGGAUGGUGGAGUCCCUGAGACUGAGAGGGAGGCUGCUCGUGGAGAGGGUGGCGUCCAAGGCGGUCAAGGAGCAUGCCGACUAGCUCGCCACCAGGGUACCUUCUCCUCUAAAUAUUUGUACUCAGGCGUCAAACUCCUCCAACCGCAACUGCCUUUUGUCCAAGUUGUUGUGCAGUUGUCUGGUCACAGUUGUACGAACCAGUAAGAGAUUGCCUAUGCUUUUUUGUGCAUUGGCUGUGCACUGAUCAGCAAAAGCUCCACUCCCCGAUCAGGAAUGAUGCCCCCCAAAAAGAUAAAUUCUUGGAACAGGACAGGUUCACUCUCUGUCCUGUAAUCCUAAUUGUUAUACAUCGAUCCUCUCUUUAUACUUAAACUGAUACUUGCUGUCCAAACCAUAUGGUUUUAACGGUCCAAAAUCUAGCCCAACCAUUGUAUCAAACAAACGGUCGUUGCCGCUCCAUGAUGCGCUCGCCUGCUGGUCCAGCUCUCCGAUGGUACAUCCAUAUAUACCCCCUAGUCCGCAUGGUGGUGCUUGUACUAUUGUAGUUAUUCCCUAAUCUGCUGCCCACGAAGCAUCCCAUCAACUCUCCCAAAAUUUUCUUUGCUCUCGUAGCUUGAACUGGUGCAAUGCUGUCUCAGUUUCACGUUAUAGAAAACAAGAUGUAUAUGUAUGUAUUUUAUUAUAUGCAGUUUCUUGUCAUUAUUAUAUGCCUUGUUUUUUAAGCACCGAGUUCAGAUUCUUUGAUUGUAGAUAACAAGACCGGGAGAUUUUAUUAAAUGUAAUUUUCUUUGUCAUUUAUCAUCUACCUUGUUAAGCAUCGAGUUCAGAUUCUGUGAUAACAUUGUUUCUUUUAUCAUCAUACAUGUAAAUUAAGGAAACAAGACUAUGUAACCAUGCUUUUAAUUUCAGCUUGCAACUAAAUGGGGAACUAUCUGAAUACGGUUGAGACAAAGCAUGCAUCCCAUGAUGAGCAAGGAAAUUGACACCAUACAGGAACAUGAUUGAGGAAGCAAGAAGGAAUGCAAGGCUGCAAAAUUUGAGCGGUUCAAGCAAGAAUGUAUCGAAAGGAGACAAAAAGGUGAAACAGAUGAAAGGACAAUUUGCACCCUCUUUCAAUGGUGGUGCUUCGACUUGAACCGAUGACCGAGCGAGCAGGAAGCGUCAAGCUGGACCGGUGAACAAUAGACACAGACACAGGCAGCCGUGUGGUAGCCACUUUUCUAACGUACAUUAUCGCUCGAUCAAUAUAUAUGGUGCAUUAUCGAUCGGAUGGGGGCGGAAAUCAAGGGAGAAAAAUCAAUCAAUCACAGGGGGUUUAUGCGUUUAAGAAAAACUAGAGUAUGGACGGACAGCAUCCAUCGGAAUCCCAACGCCAACACCAACGCGAAGGCCGUUUCCAUGGCCCCAAGUCCCAGCCGCUCCGCCUCCUCCGAGUAUGACACCACUUCCGGCAGCUCCGACCACAGCAAGGUUGAGCAGCAGCCUCAGCACCUCCCGGAGCAACAGAACUCUGGCUCCGACCACGACGGCCGCGACAGCUACGAAGAAGAAUCUGACGAGGAGAUCGGGGGUAAUGGGGCGGCGCCAAAGCCACCACUGUCAGCCUCCAACGAUGUGCUCACGGAUUCAGAGUCGGAGGACGACGAGGUGCUUUCCAAGAAGGCUCCCAGCCCUUCCGCCCUUCAGUCUUCAUCUGAGGAAGACACAUCUUCCGGCAGCUCCAACCAUGAUGAGGUGAAGCAGCAGCCUUCACCGCUUGCUGAGAAACAGAACGUCGGCUCCUAUGAUGAUGGCGGCGACAGCGACGAAGAAGAAUCCGACGAGGAUAAUGUGGUGGCGCAAAAGCCAUCACUGUCAGACUCCAACGACAUGGUCCCAGAUUCACAGUGCGACGAUGGCGUGGUGCCUCCCAAGACCUACAGGAAGGCCACCAGCCCCUCCGCCCCUCAGUCCUCAUCUGAGGAAGGCGAUGAUUCCACCGGCUCCGGAGACGAGGAAGAAGAAUCAGACGAGAAGGAUCAAGUCCCAGAUACUGAAUCCAACCCCAACGAGGCGCUGCCGCCCAAGCCAACGCCCCUUUCAGAGGAGAGUCUGCCCAUAGCCACUGAUCCCACCGAGAAGCCCGAGCCCAAGAGGAAGCUCUCGCCGAUGGCCCCAUUGCCUCAGCUGAAAAGGAUCCAGCCGGCUGAGGUUACCCAAGAUGAUAUGGCUAGGAGGGAUUUGGAAAAGCUUUUUAAGGAAAAGUGUAGUUCUUACAAGCACCUCGGCCCCAGGAUGCUGGCGCUGGAGAAGGAGUAUACGGGCAUCGAGGUUCCAUUCUUGAUGAUGGAUGACAACAAGGCUCGAGAACUCGAAGGUAAUCUACACAAGCUGGAGAACUUUGUGACCAAUGCAUUAAUCAAGUCGCUUAAGAGCCCUGGAGUGUGAAGCAACUGUGGACUCUAUGGACCAACAUGACGAAUAAACUCGAAGUGGGUCAACAUUAGACUAUGUCGGGUCAACAUUAGACUAUGUCGGAAUUUUGUUAUUCAGUUUUUAUGCUGCUCAGUAUCUAUAAAUACUCUAUGGAGGUAUUAGCGUUACCAAGGUUUUGUCUAGGGCGGACAUGUCUGAACUACAGAUUUAAAGCUCUAAGGAUUUGGAUCUCAGAACUGGGUCAUAUUUUGCCGAAAUUAU